CCGCGUGCAUAAGCUCACGUUGCAAAGAAUGUAAAGUGCAAACAAGUGCUAAGUAAGGUUGGACAUUGGAUGUUGGACCGAUCGACGUGUGAGUAUACAUACAUAGCGCGAAGGUUAUCUGUAUAUGUUACGGGCUCUCGCAGCCGGUGCGCGACGUUGUAUCCGCGCGAUGUCCGCCGUCACAACGACGCAAAAGCCGGAGGUAGUGUUCAUCCUGGGCGGCCCGGGUGCCGGGAAGGGUACGCUUUGCCGCUACAUCGUCGAGCACUACGGUUACGCUCACCUGUCGGCCGGCGACCUGCUGCGUGAGGAGCGUGUCAAGCCGAGUUCGGAGUAUGGCGAGCUCAUCGAGACGCACAUCAGGAACGGUACGAUCGUGCCCGUGGAAAUCACUUGCAGCCUCAUCGACCGCGCCAUGCGGAUCUCCGAUAACCCGCAUCGGCGCUUCCUCAUCGAUGGCUUUCCCAGGAAUCAAGAUAACCUGGACGGUUGGAACAAGGUGAUGGCUGACAAAGUUAUCCUGAAGGGCGUGAUAUUCUGCGAAUGCAGUCAGGAAGUCUGCACUCGGCGCUGUUUGAACCGCGGUGCCAGUGGAAGCGGACGAAGCGAUGACAAUGAACAGUCCUUGAUUCUACGUCAUCAAACCUAUCUGGAAAACACUUUACCGAUAAUAGAAAUGUAUGAGCAGCAGGGCUUAGUUUAUAAAGUUGACUCUAUGAAAACGCCAGAAGAGGUGUUUCAAGACGUUGCGAAAUUUUUCCCCAAGAUAGGAUGGUAAUAAAAAAUAAUGAUUCUAAUGAUUUCUUUUUAGUAAGUCUAAUUUUGUUAACACAACAACUUUUUUAAUUUUUAUUUUGUGGCAUUUUUACAAGGGAUAGCUUUUUAUAGAUUUUUUUUAUUUUAUGAAAACAUAGAACAGAUUAAUUUCAUUUCAUCACUGAUAUUAUAAUAUUUUAUCUCGAUUUUUUUUGUAACACGUUGCAGUUUAUCUACGAAACAUUCCUUCGCAAUUGUACAAUGAUACAAUGCAACUGGGUAAUAGGUAAUAUCAACAAUCGCAAGAUCUAACAUUUGUAAAUAUCCUGAAUUGUUAAUAGCGAUUGACUAUGUAAAAUCUUUGAUACAAGGCUAUAUGUAGCGUGUACUUUAUACACAUCUUAUAUAUUUAUAGAAUAAAUAUUUCAACAGUGCAUUAUAAUUAUUGGACUAUAUUAUGAUUAGAAAUCUAAUAAUCGUUAGAAAAAAUUUACAUAUUAAUGCGAGAAAUGAAAAAAGAGAAAAUAUGAAUGAGAAGAAAUAUAUAUUAUGCGUUUUUAAUUUAUAUGUAAAAAUAUAUUCCUAAAAUUAA